AUGAAGCUCUCAUCCGUUUUCCUCCCCCUCCUCGCCGCCUCCUCCGCACUUGCUGGCGCGACGCGCACCUCUCUCACCCGCAGGGCCCACCGCCACGACGUCGUCUCGUCCCGCCAGGCUCACAUCCAACGCGAUCUCCUCGACGUCUGCGUCAGUCUUGACGUCGACCUUGACAUCCUCGACAUCGUGUUCGGCCACAUCAAAGUCUGCCUCUGCCUCUCCCUCCUCCCGGAUUUCAUUCAAGUCGACGUCGUCGCAAAAGCCGCCGUAGACCUCUUCGGCGAGGAUGUCGUCCUCGCAGAACUCGAAGCCCUCACGGCUUCGUCCCUUACACCCCGCCGGGCAGCAGCCACCCCACCGAGUGCGUUUGUCCUGCCCCCAGCAUGGUCUGCAACGGCCAGUGUGGAGCCUUCCCCCACGGCUGCGGCUCUGCUGUCCCCCGCCGCCGCAGCGAGCCCUCUUGCCGCGCAGGCCAAACUGUAUGCGGCGUCCCCGGCAGCAGCAGCGGCCUCGGCUGGGAAUGUAUCGACACUAAAUCCAACCCCGAGUCCUGCGGCGGAUGCAUCGUCUCAUCGCUAUUCUCAUCCACUUCUGCACACGGUCAAAACUGCAGAGCCAUCUCCAACGUCGAUUCGGUCCUCUGCCAGGACGAAGCGCGACGUGUUGGACUUGGGUCUCGUCGCGGCUGUGAAGGCUGACGUUGCCGACAUUGUAAAAGUGGCGGGGCUUGUUGGCACUGGUGUCCACGUCGGGCGUGACCUCGACACAGACGCAGUCGAAGCUGCCAAUGCCAUCGUUGACGGUGUUGCUGAGGUGGGCGAAGAUGCUCUCGUUGGUAUCAAUGUCGCGUGA